UUGGAUCCAGUUGCCAUGUCAUGUAGUCGACGCUAUGCUACAUGGGUCAUGGUGGUGUUUCGCCGAUCGACGUGGUGCCAGUGCACCCCACCAACCGAGCAAGCGGCCGGCACCCUGAGUCUGAGCUUUUGCUUGUCUAGUUUGAACCACUCCUCCGAGCAAGCAAGGACUCGCUAGAGCGAGAGUUGCGGGAUGGCGCAAACAUAUGCGUUGUCGUUCAAGCAGGUCAGCCUUGAUACCGCGGCGCUGGACUGCACGCAGGCUCUGGAUUGGAGCGCCAUACAUCAGCAAAAUCUCGGAGCGAACAGCGCAUGCACGCUGCCUGCUCAACAGCGCCACGUUUCUUCCAGGCACUGGGAAGGAGCAACUUCCUAUCGCGGACGACGCACCUCUGCAACGGCGGGGUGAGAUCAAGGCAGGCCAAAUUAGCCUCCUCAUGGUCGCUCUCCUAGUGCCCUGCUCACCGAUAUUUCAGAGCCUUUGCCCUACUAACAGACUUUGCAGCCCACCAUCAGGUAGUUGCAUUCUGUACCUGCAUAUCGCCCCAAGCCAAGCUCCACCUUCAGUCCACGCCGCAAGACUCUCGCUCGGUGCGCCUCCGUUGCUUCUUGCCGAACGACCUAUUCUUUGUUCUUUCUCGUUUCGUUCCGCUAGUCACAUACCAUAACUGUCUGCCCGGGGUCUUGUGGAGCGAGCUACACGCGCAUGACCAGGUCUCCGCCUUCUGAGCCCCUCCGCCUGUUCCGCAGUAAUACUAUAUCCGUAUCUGCCCUCCCAGGUUCAUAUCCGCAUUUCGCGUCGGACGAUUGUUUCUUCGUUCCAAGUCUGUCGAUUGCACCUGCGAUCGAUCCACCAUGGUCGAGGUCGACUG